AUGGGGGAAGCAAAAUACAAGGAGCCGUUUGUAGACGCUGAACCCAAAUUCAUACACACACAACACGCCGAUCGAUACCAAAGAGAAUUUAAUCUCCUGACCCGAUUUGGGCUUCAAUCCAAUGUUAUCCGUGUGGCAUCAUACGCCAACCUCAACGAGAAAGCGGUGCUUUCAAAAGCACUGCUUUAUCCAGCCCUUCGAAAAGUCGUUCAAAAAUAUCCCGAGCUGGGCAUGACUUAUUUCAGUGGCCCCUCCGAAAAGAAAAAAUCUCAGCAUCGGUGUUUUUUGGGUGUCUUGCCUCGCAUUAAUCUUGAUGACCAUGUUGAAUUCCUUGAAAUUCCCCCAGAAGAAGAAAAAGCAGGUCUCACUGCAACUAUCGAGCGUUAUCACGGCUUUUGGUUUGAUCCAUCCACAAAGCCGCUAUGGAGGCUUGUCAUAGUCAAUGGAAGACAUGCGAUGCUGGUAUUUGACCACUUUAUUACCGAUGGACGCGGAAGCACUUUCAUCCUCGAUGCCCUGCUACAGGCACUUAACUCACCGACCGAAGACCAUCUUAACUCCUCUAUUGUUGAAAUGACCACAGAGGUAAAGGGUUAUCCUGAGGUAGAUCCGGUGAAAUUAUACGGAUCGGGACCAUCAGUCCUUUUUGCGAUCGCGAGCUACAUAUGCUUCUGGUGUAUUCAGUUCUUCUAUCGCGGGACCGAUGUCUUUUUCUGCGAUGCCAGAUAUCAGGAGCGACAUCUUGUUCUCAGCGAUCCCAAAAAAGAAGACAACCUAGUCACGACAAAGGUUCACACGCUCCGCCUGGAAGCUGACACGAUGGAAAAAUGCCUUCGCGCUUGUCGCAAACACCAGACCUCAUUCACUAGCCUUUUGCACACGCUCAUUAAAGUGAGUCUGGCGGCAGACUUCUACCCCAAAGCCAAGUUCAGUCAUUCCGAGACUGUCGUCGAUGUGCGCCCUUAUCUCCUCAAACAGGAGAGGGAAAAUACUAUGAGCACUGCAGUGUCCAUGAUCUCGAGUUUUGACUGGCUAUCGCAGUUCCGACAAGCAGGUCAAAGUUCUGAUUCAAUGGGCCAAAUCCCAAUUGAUGCAGAUGCAUUAUGGGAACUUGCACGCAAACAUAAGGCUCAUGUGGUCAAUGAUUUGCACCACAAGAAGUCUUGGAUGAAAGCGUGGCUCUCCAUCGACCUGAUUGGGAACGACGAUGAAGAUUAUGUUUCUCAACUACUACCAGGCCUGAAGGUCGUUCAGAAAUCCACAUUUUCUGUAUCGAAUCUCGGCGCUUUCGACGGUCAGUCAGGCCCUGGACCCUGGACCAUCUCCAACAUGGAGUUCUCAGCGGGUGCCAUCAAAGCAGGCUACGGGCCGAAUUUGACCUUCAAUGUUUCAGGUGUUCGAGAUGCUGCCACCGUAAUUCAUGUUAGCAAUGAGGAAGGAUCUUUGUCAAGUGAUUUUGUCGCUUCCCUUCUUGAGAGGAUCGAGAAACGAUUGCUGGCAGUUAUCUAA